CGGUGGCCGUAAACCAACAAACAGACGUGAUUGUAAAAAACGUAUGUGGAACGAUGAUGCGUGUUUAUUCACAACUAGUCACAAUGUGAUAAAAAUAAUGAUCGGGAGAGGCGCGUGGUGAUCGAUAUUCUUCGGUAAUCAGCCACGGUCGAGUCUGUUCGGUCCGUUAGCAUCAGGUUAGCUGCAGCAGCAUGUAGCGCGGAGAGGAGGAACAAAACUUCUUUCCUCUGGACUUUAUGUUAGUUAUCCGGGCGGUCGGCUUCACCUUGGUAACUGUGGCCAAAGCGAUGAGCUCCGUGGCGGCGACGCCCUCCUGUGAGCUCCGGGGGCUGUGGGGAUCAGCAGCGGGGAGCCCCGGCCGCCGAAGGCUGCAGAAGCUGCUCGGAGUCCCGGGCUGCGCCCCGAACCGAGCCAACGACCUGCUGCUUCUGCAGCGGCCAGACGAGGACGACAACAACAAGCACGUGGUGUUUUUCCACGGAGACAUCCAGAACUUCCAGGAGGAAAUGGCUCUUCAGCCAGAGGCGGCUCAGUGGACCUCCUGGAGUCUGGAGCAGGUUGCCUUCAUCCUGGGUCGGCGGUUCCCCGACCGCCACAUCUGGGUGGUCCGAGCCUCCCACAUGUACCUUCAUAAGUUCAGCUGCUACCAGAACUUUGUGGAGAGCAACGUGUUGGGCGCCCCGGAGCAUUCUGGGUAUUCGGCCGAGUGUGGAGCAUUUCAGCAGCUCAGAACCCUGCUGAGUAACGGGACGGAGCGAGCCAAACUGAACCUCCUCCCUCCGCCGGGCGGCGCUGACUGCAUCCCCCCCAGCUUCUCCCUGGUUCUGGUGGGUUUCAGUAAAGGCUGCGUGGUUCUGAACCAGCUGGUGUACGAGCUUCCCGGGGCCCGCUCGGACCCGCGGAUGUCCCCCUUCGUGAAGCGGAUCUCGGACAUGUUCUGGCUGGACGGGGGCCACCCGGGCGGCAGCGAGACCUGGGUGACGGACUGGGAGGCGCUGAAGGAGCUCGCCGCCAGCGGGGUGUCGGUCCACGCCCACGUGACCCCGUACGAGGUGCGCGACCCGAUGCGGGCCUGGGUGGGCCGCGAGCACGGCCACUUCAUCAGAACCCUGGAGGAGCUGGGGGCCUGUCCCAGCAAGAAGCUGCACUUUGAGGACGAGCCCCCGUCCAUCCAGAACCACUUCAGGGUCCUCCUGGAGUUCUGAGCUCCGUCUGUUCAUUUCAGAACCGGCCCGUGAUUGGCUGCUCGGUUCAGAACCGGAGGUGUAAACUCCUACAUUCUUUAAGUUCUGCACUUUGGACGCCGGAACGCUCGUUUCACUUCGACGCUUCGUUCCUGAAGGUGAUUUUAUUUCUGCUGCUUCCUGUCGGCGAACGUUUACCGCAGCUCAGACCGGACCUCCGGUUCUGGUCGUUGGCUGAUAAAAAGUGAGUUUAAGCUUCGCUGCUGCUGAAUGUAGCUUCAGAUCCAUUCCUUUGAGCUCGUGGACAGACAGACGGAGGACAGACGGUCCUGCUGGACCCAG